UGGUCUAAUAUGCAGUGGCAGCUAUGGUGGAUGAAAAGUCCCCUCAGCUUGUGGAUUAUUUUGUGGUGGCAGGUUUGACUGAUGCAUCCAAGCCUCUGGAGGAGGAGACUUCCAUUCGUGUGAACAGACCAGUAGAACCUAUCACUGAUGUUGCCAUAAUCAUCCGCUCACAGGGGGAAGAAGUUCCUGAGGGCUUCACUUGUAUUGAAACCACCACCAUGGGAUAUCCAGCGGUGUUAAAUUCUGGACUUCUUAACAACCCCCAGAUGUAUCUGUGUUACAAACGAGGGAGGAAGAAAGCACCUAUUGUUGAGCUUGGGGUUCUGUGCGAGGGAAAGGAUGACCUAAAACCUGGUUACUGUGUUAUUGAGACUACACCUUAUAGUCGUUUGGCUAACUUGAACAUGGGUGGCAGUGCUGGACAUCAGAGAAUGUUCAUUACCUUUCGACGUGCUCCAGAUUCCCAGGCAUUAAAUACACCAGCAGUGACUGAUAUUUGUCUGAUUGCUCCCAGUAAAGGCGAGAGCACACCACACACUUUCUGCAGGGUGGAAAGAAGCCUCACAUCUGGGGUGUGGGGCACUACGUUGUAUUUAUGCUACAAGAAGUCCAUGGCUAAGGCCAACACACUGGUGUAUGAAGCUGGCUUGAUUAGUCGGUAUCCUGAGCACGACAGUGAAGCAUUCCCUUUACCUAAUGCUGUGCCAGUGUUUUGUUUACCAAUGGGAGCCACGAUAGAGAGCUGGCCUGACAACACUAAGUAUCACCUGCCUGUCUUUUCAACAUUUGUGCUUACAGGUGCUUCUGGUGAUAGGGUAUAUGGAGCUGCAAUCCAGUUUUAUGAGCCUUACCCAAGAGAGCUUCUAAAUGAAAAGCAGCAGUUGCGUCUGGGACUGGUUAGUGUUGUGGAUCGCAGACCCAUUGUGAACAAAUCAGUUCAAACAAGAAAAAGCAUCUGUGUCUUGUCACACUGGCCAUUCUUUUAUGUUUUUCAGAAAUUCCUGACAUUUAUUUAUCGUUAUUCUAUCUCAGGGCCACAUGUUCUCCCGAUUGAAAAACACAUCUCUCAUUUUAUGCACAAAGUUCCCUUUCCAUCACCUCAGAGGCCUCGCAUCUUGAUUCAGAUGUCUCCAUACGAUAACAUCUUUCUUUGUCAACCAGUCUCUUCUCCACUUCCUCUCAGUGGUGCAAGUUUUGUUACACUGCUUCAAAAUUUGGGACCCGAGAAUGCAUCAACACUCCUGUAUGGAGUCCUAACAGAACAAAAAUUGCUGAUCCACUCUCUUCGUCCAGAUGUGCUCACCAGUGUCUGUGAGGCUCUCGUUUCUAUGGUUUUCCCUUUCCUGUGGCAGUUUCCAUAUAUUCCACUAUGUCCCCUCAACCUGGCUGACAUGCUGUGUGCUCCACUGCCUUUUAUUGUUGGCAUUCACUCCAGUUUCUUUGAUCUUUAUGAUCCUCUUGCUGAUGUUAUCUGCGUGGACAUAGACACCAACACUAUUUUUCAAGCAAAGCAGGAGUCUUCCAAAACCUGGAGGCGAAGUGAAGAAAAAAAAGCUCUGAGUUAUCGUUCAUUACCUCGAAAGUUUUAUAAAGCACUACUUGGGUCACUGAGUAGACUGUAUGAUCAGAUAGAUGAAAUGUACAACAGACCUUUGGAGGAAGCUACUCUGGAGUUCAUGCUUAAUGAUUAUGGAUGGCGAAAGCUUUUAGAGCUUGAGAUUCGUGAAGUCUUUCUCCGAUUUAUGGCAUGCUUGUUGAAGGGCUAUCGUUCUUUCCUGCUUCCAAUUACCCAGGCACCAUCUGAGAAGACCACAGACUCGAGCAAUCUGUUUAACCUUCAAGGAUUUCUGAAUUCCCGUGACAGCACCUUUCAGAAGUUUUAUGUUUCCUUAACCAAAACCCAGAUGUUCACAGAGUUUAUCAAUGAGUGUUCAUUUGUGAGUGAUCGACAUGCCUGCUUGGAGUUCUUCGAUGAGUGUGUUGAAAAGGUAGACAUUGAAAAACUGGAGGAGGCGCAUCUGAUUGAGAGGGAGGAAACUCAUCAAAGUGAGCACACUGUUUUUAUAAUGCCACCAGAAGAACCCCAGGCUACAGAAGAUAAAGAAGUUCCAGCAGAUUAUUUGUAUGAUGGUUUUCCACUAUUGCAGCCACAAAAAUUUGACAGACAGGAGGAAUUGAUGAGUGGUCAUUUGUGUCCAGGUCAAGCAAGAAGCAGUGCCCCCAACAGUCCCGCUCCCAGGAGAACGAAGCAGGAGAUCAAAUUGGCACAAAAAGUUGCACAGAAAUACUCUGCCAUACCCGAGAUGUGGUCAAAAUGCCUCCUGGGACACUGCUAUGGCCUCUGGUUCAUCUACCUGCCAACCUACGUGCGGGCUAAAUCCUCCAAGGUACCAGCUCUGAAGACAGCAUAUGAUGUACUGAAGCAGAUGGAGACUAAGAAGGUUGUUCUACCAGAUGAAGUAUGCUAUCGAAUUUUAAUGCAGCUGUGCAGUCAGUAUGGACAGCCAGUCCUUGCAGUGCGGGUCCUAUUGGAAAUGAAGAAGGCUGGCAUUGUGCCAAAUACAAUAACUUAUGGUUAUUAUAACAAGGCAGUUCUAGAAAGCAAAUGGCCAUCCAGUAAUCAAGGUGCAAAGCUGCGCUGGGCCAAAUUAAGAAAUGUGAUUUUGGCAGUGGCACUAUUUAAACAUCCAAUCAAACUGAGGCAACAAAAGCAAAAACAGACACCCUCUAUCAGCUUGUCAGAACAUGCAGCACCAAGGAAGCGUUCCAAGUCCUACUUGCACCGACAGACAACAUGGGGUGGGCGUAGUCGUAAAGAAAGUCGAGAGUCACUGCAGGUACUCAACAUGAAGAGCCGCAGUGCAAGUUGGACAAGAGAUGGGCAGAGACUGAAGAAUAUGGCAGCAACCAACAGGGUGAAAGAACUAGGCCUCAGACGUUCAGACAGUGGACAUGAAUUGAUGACUACUGGUGUGUAUUCAAGUCUUCCUGUCGUGGAACAUUUCAAGAUGGGAAAUGGGCCUACAGAGUCAGAGGAUGGGAGCCUGUCAAACCUUAGUGUUUACACAGAUGACACUUCCAGCAUUAACCUUCCUUUUGAUGGUUCUGAACUGCAGCUGACAGAGGAUUUCAUUAAAACACUGGAGCCAGCUGAGAAUCAGUCAUAUCGACCGAGGAAAGUAGAUAUUAAUUACAACAAUGUGACCAGUGUCACUAAAAAACUUCAGCAUCUUCUGUCACCAUCUAAGAAGACAUCUUGGCACUCACUCAGCACAGAAGCAAAGAGUGCCUCUGUUGAAAGUUCAGCCAGCAGAAGGUCUUCUGAACAACGGGAAAGGCAGUCGCGGAGAAGCUUAGUGAAGGAAACACUGAUGAAGGCAACAAGGAAUAGGCCUGAAUCAACAGCUUCUGAGAGUUCUUGGUCGACUGGAAGUGAGUUUGACUUUGACACAUCUGACACCUCUAGCUGCUGCUCCAGUUUAAGAAAAUCCACUGAUUUCAGCACUACUAGCAACCAAGAUAUUCCACUAUUUGAGGUUUUGCUGUCAAGCUGCUCAAUGUGCCAGAACUGUAAAUUCCUCAUUUAUGAUGAAGAGAUCAUGGCAGGAUGGUCAUCCGAUGACUCUAAUCUCAACACCAUCUGUCCUUUCUGCAGUCGUCCUUUUGUUCCAUUUAUUAAUGUGGAGAUAAAUGACCUACAGUCUCGCCACAGUUCUGAAGUUUCUUCUAACACUGAAGCAAGUUCACUCUCUUCAGAGACCCAGAAGGACAACGUAUUUAUUCCUGCUAGUGUCCAAGGUCCAGUCCUUAGUGAUCGUUCUAGCUGUCUAGCAUUGGACAAUGAAGAUUCAGAAGCAAAUGCUGCCAUCUGUAAUGGUUGUCGACCAUUUUCAUGUGGUCAGGGACCAAAUUCAGAGCAGGUAAAUGUUCCUUAUCUCAGCCCACUGGUACUACGCAAAGAGAUGGAAAGUUUAAUUGAAAAUGAAGGAGAUGCUGUCCUUUCAGAACCUAAUCUCGUAGACAACCACUCAAUCAUAUUUUGGAACUUAGUUUGGUAUUUUGAGCGAUUGUCAUUGCCCAGCAAUCUGCUGCAGCUUGUUAUUGCAUCGAAACACCUCAAGCAUGCUCCACAUCCACAGGUUCUGCUUUCCUCCACAAUCCAGGAAAACUCUCCUGUUAACGUCCGCCUGUUGUGGGAUGUUCUGUACCCCAAUACUGAUCAUUGGCCACCGCUGUACUUUCUGUGGAGAAUUCACAGUAAUGUGCCAACACGAGGUCACUCCUGGAAACAUCACAACCACCCAUUUUCUCUGAGAUUCCUGGAAGAGAUUGUGCGCUAUGUAGGGCUAAAUGAGGUGCACAAGUCUAUUAAACUCUUACUGGAUAUCAUAGCCGAACACCCACAUAAAGUGUGGGUACACAGGAGUUUAUAUCAUGAAAUCCUGUUCCUUACCCUUGCUGCAAUUGGAAAAGACUAUAUGGACAUAGCUGUUUUUGACAAGAAAUACAAAUCUGCUUACAAUAAGUUGGUAGGAUCUCUUAGCAAGGAAGAAUUGAAGAAAAAGCGAGUAAAUCCACCAAGCACUAAAGCCCUAGACUGCCGAAAGUCCUUUGGAGCCACUUUGGAAUGUUAAUGUAGCAACUGGACUACCUUGACUAACUCCCAAUAGCCAGUGUUGACAGCUCACCAGACUGACUUGGGGAAUUAAUUGGCCCACAUGGUGAAGUUGGAAUCCUUUGAAAUCAUGAGAGCUGCAAUAGAAAGCUACAGGUCCUGCUUUCCAUUUGGAAACUGAAAUAUGUGACUACAGUGUCAGAUCAGUGAAAUGUGUUCCUAUUUGUUGGAUUUCUCAAAAGUGAUGCUAGUUGUCAGAUACCUUGAGCUUGUUAACAGUAUUCAGUGUGCGUUUUAAGGUGCAGUGCUAAUCCUCACAGGGUCAACUGGAGUGUGCCAGUGGGUUUACUCACUCAAAAAAUUGAUUUCAUUUAACAACAGAGGAGUGUGAUAACUGGUAACACUGAUUGCUUGAAUCCUCCAUUCAUUGUAGCCUAUACAGAAAAUUGUAAACAUUGCUUUGCUAUCAUUGCUGCCUGCUAUUUGGCCCACUUGACUGGCAUUUCACGAAGAUAACAGGGCUUGAUUGCAGUUGAUGUAAAAGUGAGAGAAAUAGCUGAAUAUUUUGAGAGCUCUUAAAUCUGUGGCAUACUUGCACAUCUGUGCCUGAGUUACAGGCUGAAUGAGGAGAUGUAUAAUUUGUUUUUUUUUUACUCUUGACCAAAGAGGAAAAAUGUGACUGGACUUGACCCAGAAAAAAAUUAUCCUCAUUUUUCCUGAGAAAUAGUGCACUGAAGUUCUUGUAUUGCUGUUCUAAACAUCAUACUGAAACAGUCGUACAGUUCAGACAAUUUCAGAGAAAUUGUUUUGUUCCUCAGGAUUAAUGUCAUCAUUAUAUUUCUGCAGAAUAAACUUGUGACUUUCAUUCUUUGAUCAGAUUAACACACAUAAUCUAUUGAGCAAGCUGUUCCAUGUAUCCAUGCGUGUGUACACACCCACACCUGCACACAGCAGUAAAUCCUGAGGAUCAAUAUAUAUUUUAUGUGGACUCACAGUUAUACAUAUCUACAUAUAUUUUUUUAUACAUGCUACUGAUAAGUCAUGUGAAUACUGAAUACAAGUGCUGCUUUAAUGAUGAAAUAACUGCUGAAUUCAUUCUUUUGCAGUCUCCAUAAUUAAGAUUGUUGAGGAUGGUAUCUGGAAAUUACAUGCAACUUAAAGUGGUCUAAAUGGAAAUUUGUUCCAAAACCCUGAAGAGCUACUGGCGGUCUGAAUUACUACUCUGUCCAAGAAAAAAAGAGGAAAAAUGUUUUGUACAGGAAAUAUUUAGCAGGAAUAGGAUGGCAGUUGCAACAACAGUACAGUGUGGAGCAAAUGCACAACAGUAAAGUGAAAUCAGAUAGCAGAUUGGGGAUGUGGGGAGAACAGUUGAUAACGUGGUUUGUUUUGCUUUCGAAUGCCACUUCCUGACUUUGGUAACAGACUGUCUAGAACUCCAUGGGAUCAAGCUUUAAAACAAGCUAGCCAAUAAGUAUAUUGUGACUGAUGCAACAUAUCACCAUUUGUCAGUUACAGUGACUGUUAUUGGUGCCUCGUCCAUCUUGGUUGUUUUUUCUUUGAGUGUAGAGUCAGAAUGGAUAUUGUUUACACUGUGUUUGUAAUAUGCUAAUCUUGGCCUGUUUUAAGUAAAAUGUCUAGAAAUUGCCACUGUCUUUAUGAUAUUGUUUACAUGCUGUUCAUAAUAUGCUAUUGUUAGCAUAUUUUUAAGUAAAAUGUAUGGAAACUGUCA